GAAUGUUUCUCCCUACAUGAUCUACCUUGAUCAUGAUAAUGCCGAUAUAGUUGUUGCCAUUAGAGGGCUUAAUGUGGCGAAAGAAAGUGAUUAUAAGGUCUUACUUGAUAAUAAAUUGGGGCAGACAAAAUUCAAUGGCGGGUACGUUCAUAAUGGACUAUUGAAGGCCGCUCAGUGGGUUUUGGAUGCAGAAUGUGAGGUUUUUAGGGAAGUAAUUGAGAGGUAUCCAAGCUAUACUUUGACUUUUGCUGGGCAUUCACUAGGGGCUGGGGUAGUAACAUUGUUGACAAUAUUGGUGAUUCAGAAUCGGGAAAAAUUUGGAAACAUUGAGAGGAAAAGGAUUAGAUGCUUUGCGAUUGCUCCGGCUAGGUGCAUAUCACUCAAUCUGGCGUUGAGAUAUGCAGAUGUCAUCAAUUCUGUUGUACUCCAGGAUGAUUUCUUACCUCGAACGACCAUGGCUUUGGAAGUUGUUUACAAGUCAUUUUUCUGCUUGCCGUGCAUAUUGUGCUUGAUGUGCGUGAAGGACACAUGUACGCUAGAGGAUAAGAUGCUUAAAGAUCCUAGGAGGCUCUAUGCACCUGGUCGUCUCUAUCACAUCAUUGUGCGGAAGCCCUUCAGGAUUGGAAAAGCCCCCCCAAUUGUGAGGACUGCAGUACCUGUGGAUGGGAGGUUUGAGCACAUAGUCCUGUCUUGCAACUUGAUUUCUGACCAUAGCAUCAUUUGGAUAGAGAGAGAAUCUCAAAAUGCUCUUGAUGUAAGAGGGAUAGGCCAUCAUGUCAUUGGCGCAUCAAAUGCAGGUUGGAGGCUUCCAGAUAUGAUGUUUGCAACCAAGUGUAGUUUAUCUGAUGCAUGCAACACUAUAGCCAAACAACUCGAGAAUGUUUACUCAUCAAUUGCGGCAAGUUUUUCUUCUUACUUCUUUUACUACAUAUGUUUGAUAUUCAUGUUGUUUGUGUUGAUAUUGGUGCACCGCAUUGUGAUGUGA